AAUGCUUUACAUUCGGUAAGUAAGUGGAACCUCACAGGAAGUACACAUGCAAAGUCUUUAAGGAGCAUUAAAUCAGAGACCCUGGCAGCUGAGAGGGUGAGAACACAAACAGACUCAGGGAGAGAAGCACGAUGGCUCAGAUGGAUCAUACGUCUUUAUUUCUGACGGUGAUGGUUCUGUUUACAGCAGCGGCAACCAAACACCACAUGACUGUCAGAGAGGGAGACGAAGUCACUUUGUCCUGUGAAAAUGUGGUAGAUGAUCAGCACGAAUGUAAACAUACUUACUGGAUCUUCCGUGGGUCAAAAAACACAGUCACAGCAGAGCUGGUCAAACUCGGACGGAUCUGUGAAAAUGCAAAAUCUAAAUCAGACAGACUGAGUUUCACAGGGAACUGUUCUGUGGUUAUAAAGAACGUGACGGAUGUGGAUGUUGGUCUGUACGGCUGCAGGCGGUUCGACAAGUUCAGAAAAAAGCAAGGCAACGACACUGUGUUUUAUCUGUCUAUGGUUAAAUUGACUGAACAUAAGAACGAUUCUAUGGUGACGUUAAACUGCUCCGUGUCAACACGUGGACGGUGUGGACACACAGUGAAGUGGCUGUAUCAGGGUCAAGAUGUGGAUGAAGAUCACAAUGAGUUGAGGACAUCAAGGUCUGGCUGCUGGGCCACUGUGACUUUUCUGGAAUCUCAAUCUAUUUACGCACCAGAGAACUUGGAGUUACUGGGGUGCGACAUAACACACGCUCUCAGUGAAAAUGUGCAGCUGUUUCCCUUCAGACCUCCGUCCUCACGUGAGAGUGCAGAUGAAGAAACAGCAACAACUGCAAGAUCUGCAAUCAAUGAUACUUCACCAAACCGACAAGACUGGUGGUGGCUGUACCUGUGGGUUGUUGCUGUGGGUUUAGUAGGACUCUUGUCAACUGUUGGGGCAGUCAUCAAAUGGCAAAGAACUAAAAGGAACAAAUCACAGAUGGAUCACAACGCUGUGAGUUUACACCAACUGAACUUAAGCCCUGCAGGGACUCCGUCUGCUCCAAAAACCAGUCGGGUCACGGCUGAUCCUGAAGGUGGCGUUUCCUACGCCUCCAUCAGCCACGCCAAGAAGGCCAACAGGGAAGCCCGGUUUCGGUUUGAUGAUGACGACGAUGAAGAUGACGCAGGGAGAUACAGCAAAGUGAAAGCUUCCUCCUGUUCUGCUGGCGCCUCGGCUUAUCCCAGCGACCUCUAUGCUAAUGUCAACUAACCGAACGUACACGAGUACAAAUAACACCACAGUAAUGUUACAAUUAAUAUCUUUGUCGUGGCAGGGACAGAAACUUCCAUGGCGUUGCUCGCCAGGAUGAGGUAGUUUGGCUUGGUUGGUUUGUUUGGCGGCUUAUGGUGUGUGCGAAGCAAGAAUGUGAGGCAAAUUCAAGAGGCAGCGCGAAUGCAUACAAAGUCAAUGGAACGACAAGUUUAGACGCAACAUUACCAGGUGCCGUGCAAGUUGAGGUGAGGAUUGUGUCUGCGUGAGUCAAAUCUGAGCUGUUUUGCUCAGCGUACAGACACAAGAGGAAAAAGCCGAGAGACUGGAGGGAAAUAACAUUAAAGGCCAGAGUGUCUGGUGAGCUCCGAAAUCAGUCAGAGGCUGAGCUGCUACACAAGCACACACAGGCAGGCUGACAGGGGCGGCCAUUUCGAUCUGGCUUACAGCUUAUGUCUAUGUGGAGCGAGUAAACCGCUCAGCUUCAAAUUACGUACAAAUGACGCAGGUGAAAAUUUGCUUCACUUUCUGUCUGAACACACCUUUAGGCCGCACGCUGCCAGCGCUUCUAGGUAGCAUAACCUGUUGUUGGCCUUAUCGUUAGCUGGCACGCUGUUAGCUGAGGGUGUCAGCUGGGGGCACGUUACACAGACGCGCGUGCUUUGUUGCUUCGCCGAGUUGGGGUAGCUGAGGAGGCCUGGCCGGGUAUCUGUGGUUUGCCUGGGUGAGUGUACGGUUCAGAGACGGCUCAAAGGUACGUCAGGUCACGGUUAGAGAACGGUAUCACACGUCAGAGGGUCCAGGAGAUUUGUGACGGCACAGUCCGAUACCCACUGCAGGGACUAAUGAAAGGAUGAAUACUGGGCUUUGACAGGAGUGCUCACUUCACCGUGUGUGCUGGUAACUUACAUUUAGUUUACGCUGAUAAGUGAUUUUGAUGAGGAAAACUAGUCAUGAAAAAAAAGAAACAUAAAAAAGAAAUAAAAA